ACACGUAACUACUCAUAAACAGAUUGGACCCGGAAUUGAAUUGAAAAGAUAUAGCAAAGAUAAAUUCAAUCGGAGUAAUCUGAGACAGUAUUGCGAUUCCUUUUGUUUUCCUGAAUUUACGUUUGUGAUAAAUUUAGAUAUACGUGAUCUGUUAUAGGGUGAUAAAGGGAAGUAAAAUUGGAAGAGAGGAAGAGAAUGGAAGGUCCUAGCAAUGGGGGAAUGUUAUACCACGAAGUCCAAGAAGCAAAGCUGUGUGCUGUGCAUUGUGUGAAUACAGUUUUACAAGGCCCUUUCUUUUCUGAGUUCGAUUUGGCAGCACUCGCUUCCGAUCUCGAUCGGACGGAGAGGCAGAUGAUGAUGCAAUCUACUGUUGGUGCUGGGGACUUUCGCACCGACGAGUCGCACAACGUUUCCUUAGGUGGUGAUUUCAGCAUCCAGGUCUUGCAGAAGGCCUUGGAGGUGUGGGAUUUGCAGGUCAUUCCUUUGGAUUCGCCGGUGGCUGAACCAGCCCAAGUUGACCCUGAGCUUGAAAAUGCCUUUAUAUGCCAUUUGCAGGAUCACUGGUUUUCCAUAAGAAAGGUAAAUGGGGAGUGGUAUAAUUUUGAUAGCUUAUAUGCGGCUCCAGAGCACCUUUCCAAGUUCUACCUUUCUGCUUAUCUUGACUCACUAAAAGGUGCUGGCUGGAGUAUCUUCCUUGUGAGGGGAAACUUUCCAAGAGAGUGUCCUCUUUCAUCUUCCGAAGCUUUGAAUGGGUAUGGUCAGUGGUUGACUUCUGAAGAUUGUGUGAGGAUAUUAAAAUCCUGUAACUCAAAGGGUGAAUCAUCGCGCCCCCUUGAUCCAAUCAGGAGGCAGCCUACUGACCAGUUCACAUCACUUUCUGAGGCAGAACUUCUUGCCAUGGAGGACGAAGAUUUAAAAGCUGCUAUAGCUGCCAGCUUGAUGGAUUCUGCCCCUGCCAUCCCCAGCUCAAAAUUUGAUCUCUGUUCUACAGAGAAAUCAAAUUGAGUGUGUGUACUGCAUAUAAACACACCCCAGUUCAAGUUGUGCUUCGUACUACAUGUCUUUGUUAGGAUGACUGAGCUCUUCCAUGCUUGUAAUGCCUUUGUGCUUGCCGUGUAUGCGUUUAAUGGGGGCUCAUCAUAUCUAACUCAACAAUAUACGUCGCAUAAGCUAUUGUGCCAGUGGCAAAAAAAACCUUAAGAAUUUCCACUGCGAGGUAGAAUGUCAAUUUUUCCCUUCUUUCCCUGUCAGGCAUCACAGUAUGUAACCUGCAGCGUGCGUAAUACAAUUUGAUUUGCUUGCAA